CUGGCGGCCCUUCUGGUGUCCAACAUGCUCCUGACAAAAGAAGGAGUGACUUCCUUACCAAUCUGCCCCAAUGGAUCUGUCAAUUGCCAAGUUUCCCUCGGGGAACUUUUUGACCGAGCAGUUAAACUUUCACACUACAUUCACUUCCUCUCUUCAGAAAUGUUCAAUGAAUUUGAUGAACGCUAUGCUCAGGGCAGGGGGUUUAUUACAAAAGCAGUUAAUGGCUGCCACACUUCCUCCUUAACCACCCCUGAAGACAAGGAGCAAGCUCAGCAGAUUCAUCAUGAAGACCUGCUGAAUUUAAUACUGGGAGUGCUGCGUUCCUGGAAUGAUCCCCUGAUCCAUCUGGCCUCUGAAGUACAAAGAAUCAAAGAAGCUCCAGAUACCAUCCUCUGGAAGGCUGUGGAGAUCGAAGAGCAAAACAAGCGGCUUCUAGAAGGAAUGGAGAAAAUAGUAGGUCGGGUUCAUUCUGGUGAGAUUGGAAAUGAAAUUUACUCUCCAUGGGAAGGCCUUCCCUCCCUGCAACUCGAUGAUGAGGACUCCAGACUCUUUGCCUUUUACAACCUGCUGCAUUGCCUCCGCCGAGAUUCCCACAAAAUCGACAACUAUCUCAAAGUUCUGAAGUGCCGCCUAAUCCACGAUAGCAAUUGUUAA